AUGGUAUAUUGCGGAAAGCCCUCCAAAGGCUGUCAGACAUGUAGGGAUAAGAAGACUCGAUGCGACCGACAAACACCAUCAUGUGGUCAAUGCAUCAGAGCAAAUCGUCCUUGCCCAGGAUAUCGCAGCCAGCUAGAUCUCAUGUUCCGUAAUGAAAGUAAUGCAGUUAUUGGGAAAGCCAAAGCCCGCGAGAGAUCCAAGGCAAAGUCAAAUCCGCUUCCACCACCCGAACCUGUUGAGCCUGCGGAAGAACUUUUCAAUGCGAAGUCAUUCAAAAAUGACCUUGAACUUCCUGAAGACCUGUCAAUGUGCCGCAUCGAUCAAGGUGCCUUUGUUCAGACACUGCUUCCAAGCUGUACCAUGUUUCCCUCCCUCGAAGAGCGUGGUUUGUCCUACUUCAGCACCUUGUCGUCGACUUGGCUUCGGGAUCCUAGCUUGGUAGACGACAUUAGCAAUCAGAGCAAUGCCGAGGAGCACCUCUUAGCCAGCAUGAGUGCCGUUGGACUGGCCACUUUCUCAAACUCGGUGCAUGCUCCCGAGAUCAUGGUCCGGGCUCGUAGGGACUAUGUGAAUGCCCUUCAGUUAACGAAUGCUGCUUUAAGAUCGCCCACAGAGGCUAAGAAGGACAGCACACUCUUCGCCGUCAUGAUUUUGGGCAUCUUCGAAACUAUCACAGGCAAUAACGACCGAUCGUUAGCGGCAUGGACUGAACAUAUCAACGGAGCUGCUGCGCUGGUGAAACUGAGAGGACGGGACCAGUUCAAGAACGCAGCAGGACAAAGAAUGUUCAUACAAGUGACAGCGAGUCUCAUGUUGAGCUGUAUACAGCGUACAAUACCUAUGCCACAGCAUAUAGUUGACCUCCGGAAAGAAGCAGCCAAGUUCGUGGACUCCGAAAAUCCUGCCUGGCGACUUUCGAGCGUGAUCAUCGACUUCACCAUUCUCCGAUCCGACGUCCGAGACUGCAAGAUUGUUGGUCCAAAGGCAGUCAUCGAGGCUGCGUUACAACUCGAUGGCAGAUUCAUAUCGGUCUUCGAAAAUCUGCCUGAGAAUUGGAAAUAUGACAUGGCUUACACGGAUGAGAACCCACAUCUUAUUUGGAAUGGUUGUUAUCAUGUCUACAAGGAGAGUUGGAUGGCGCAUAUCUACAAUUCGUAUCGGACUUGCAGAAUUCUUCUACACGAGAUUAUCAGGGAUCAACUGCUCGCAGCAUCGACUGCCAUGACACCAAUUAUCCCUAUCGCGCAGAUGAUAGUCCAAGGCGAGAAGUCCGUCGCCAUUAUGCUGGAACUGCAAGCGGACAUCCUAGCAAGCAUACCUCGCUUUACUCCAUCACCCAUCUCCGAGAGUGCCCAAGGGCUAUUGGAAGGGUCCCGAAGCUACUUCAUUCUAUGGCCCCUCUAUCUGGUCGGCAACAUGGACUUGACAACAGAUCCGAUUCGAGAAUGGGCCAUUCAGCGAUUGAGAAACAUUGGCGAAACAGUUGGAAUCAGGCAGGCUUUAGUUGUUGCCGAAUACAUGGAGAGACGCAAAUACAUAAUGGUAUGGAACACAAAACCAGAUCCCGUGCCACAUUGGCGAAAUAUAGAGCGCUCGGAGCAAUGCCAAGAAUCGUUUCCAUCCUGGGAGGAGGGUCAGGAGCUGUUGCAGUCUCAUCUUGAGAAAGACUUAGCAAUGAUGUCGCAGACUUGA